AUGAAAAUAAAUGAAAUUCUGAUUCUGAUAGCGGAAGUGAGAUUCAACGUAUUCCGGUAAAAUGACGUUUCGAGAUUUCCAGCGAUAGCGAAAACAAAAGUGAAACAAAGAAACGAAAAAGAUGAAAUAAAUAUCUAUUCCAUAUGGAGGAACGUCGCAAGUCAUGAUACAGAAGCUGUAAAAAUCCCGUUCACAACUGGAACCAAAACCUCUUGGUCUUCCGACAGAUCAGCAAUAUGUCGAACCUAUUCAAUUUUUCAAAUUGAAUGCUGGUCAACUGCACAUAACGCUAGAAUACCAUACUUUAGAGAAAUUUUCAAAAGAGAUAGAUUUUUCUCAAAUUUAAUGCUCCUGACAAAUGAGAAAGCCACAACCAUGCAGAACAUUAGAACAAGAAUUGAAAAAAUGAGCAAUUAUUUAAAAUACAUUUACACACGAUUAUUUAGAAUAAUUUUCUCGAAAUUUUAUACCAGGGGAUUCGUAUAGGGGAUGUGUUAGUUGAUGUUAAUAUCGACUAUAUCCAAACUAUUCUAUCCUAUUACGAUAGUUUGACUGAAAAUUUUAUAAGACCUGAUCUAUCCGUUCGUUCCAGAAUUGUUUCUCAAACAGUUUUACAUUCACAUUCUGAAGUUGGACACAGCAUAUUUGCAGAUAGAUAUUUCAUCAGCAUACUAAUAAAUGCGCUGUUGCAAAAAAAAAAAAGAAAAUGUUAUUUAACUGGUACUACACAGACAAAUAGAAAAUAUAUACCAGAUGCAAUAAAAAAGAAACCAGUAUUUUCUGCCAACAAAGUUGCCGCAUAUAGAUCUGAUGAAAUUUUAUUAUCUUGGAAAGAUAAGAGAGUUGUAACGACGUUGAGUACUCGAGGUACAAGGUCCAAAUUGAGAAACCGACUACAAGUGAAAGCCAAUGUCGCAUUUGAAGUUUGUCCGACAACUCGUCGAUCAACUCGAUACGGAUCUAAAACAACUAACACUCCAUCAGCCUCUAGUGAAAUAGAUAAAUUGAAUGGGCGCUUACACGUCAUUCGUCACGAUGAAAAUGGAAGAUGCAAGGACUGCAUCGUCUGUUCAAAUAGAAAAAUUGAAGGAGAAAGGAAACAAACAACGAAAUCAUUUGUACAUAUAGGAGAUGGGUGCGACAAUGAGUCACGGCAGAAGAUUGAAUGUUACAACCGAAUAUUCAAGCGUAUAUCACUUUCUCAUCAAAUCCUUCCGAGACUCCCUGUCCGUAAAAGGUUAACAUUUGGUCCUUCGAGCCAGAUUCUUGAAGCAGCAUACGACCGACACCAGUUGUCCGUGUUCUCAUCAGUUAGAACACUUGAAACAGUAGUAAGCUCAAUUCAACAAGUGUACGAAUCAUCGUACAUGGGAUAA